AUGUCUGAAGAAAUUGUUUAUGCAAAUCUCAAAUUCCAGGACUCUGAUAAGAAAGAAGAAACUCAGAAGUCUGACAAAUGUGGGGGAAAAGUAUCCUCUGCUGCUUCCCAUUCACAGCAAAAAACAGUCUUGAUUCUGACUCUUCUAUGCUUUCUGCUGGUCACUGGAGUGGGGGUCUUAGGAGGCAUCUGUAUGUAUCACCUCAUUCUGGAGACAGAAAUGAUAAAAUCAAAUCAAUUACAAAGUGUCAAGGAAGAACUUCAAGAAAAUGUGUCCCUACAGCUGAUACACAAUCUCAACAACUCCCAGAAAAUCAAGAACCUUUCUACCAUGCUGCAAAACUUAGCCACCCAGCUGUGUCGAGAGCUGUAUAACAAAGAACCAGAGCACAAGUGUAAACCAUGUCCAAAGGGUUCAGAAUGGUACAAGGACAGCUGUUAUUCUCAAUUCAGUCAGUAUGCAACAUGGCAAGCGAGUGCUAUGGCCUGCUCUGCUCGGAACGCCAGCCUCCUGAAGGUUAACAACAAGGAUGCGCUGGAAUUUUUAAAGUCCAAGAAGCUACGCUCUUAUUGGCUAGGAUUGUCACCCAGAGAAGAUCCCAUGACAUAUGCACUAAGUGAGAAGGUGUUCCUCCCUGAAGAGUUUGAAAGAAGCACAGAUGACAUAAAUAAGUUGUACUGUGGAUAUAUAGACAGGCUAAAUGUUUAUUAUACAUAUUGCACUGACAAGAACAAGAUCAUAUGUGAAGAGACAGCCAGCAAGGUACAGGUGGAAAGUGUGCUGAAUGGCCUUCCAGAGGAUAGCAUGUAG